AUGGGACGAGCAAAGACUUGUGCCUUAGGGCUCAAGCUUCACGACCCAAACGUGUUUAAGUCCUUAAAGAUCUUGAAGUCUCGGUUCAAAGAGACGUUUGAGCCGCCGAGAGCCGAGUCCAGAGCACGCUCUGCACUCCUGAGGCUCAAGCAAGGUAAGCGUGACGUGCACGCUUACGCACAGCACCUGCGCUACCUUACGAGCAGCGUCACGGAAAACCCUGUUGAUGAGCACACGCUCAUUAACGUGUUCAUCUACGGCCUUGUGGACGGCCGGUGA